AUGUCGGUGCAUAGUGUAUUGGAAGCGGCUCUUCCUAGCUUUCGGGAGGGGCGUAUGGCACGAAUUCGGGACAUUCAAACGGUCACUCAACUGGGAAGGAAAGAGGUGGAAGAAUCAUUGCAGCUAGCUAGUGCUCAGUUAGAGGGUUGUGGAUAUCGCUUAUUGCCUGGGAGUGUUAGUCGAGUAGAUAUGGAAGGCCGAGUUAUUCUACCUGAUCGAUUAGUAUCAGAGUAUACGCAUGUGCUUAGUUCGUUUUCUCGUUGUGAUUUUGUUUAUUUAGUUAAAGAUAGGGCGGUUAGAUCUGAAGAUGUUGAACGUAUUUGUCCGGAUGCUCAGAGUCUGGUCGUACUAGUGACUUUGAUUGGUUUACAAGGACCAGAAACAAGUCAGGAAUGGCUAGUUGCUGCAGCUAAUGCCGUAGGAAUUAGUGAAGAGACAGUCACUAAGGCAGUGCAGGGUAAGUGGCUGGCUCGGUAUAAACGAGGUGAAGAAUGGCUAGUUCGCACUGGCUGGCGGUUUUUCUUCGAGUUUCCAGAGUUCUCCAUUGAGAAGUAUUUAGAGCUGCUCCACAAGACAGCUAAGUAA